AGAGGAAUUCCAGUGUAAACGUUCUUCAAUGACGUUGGGAGAUCCAUAGCUUGUAGUAACUUACAUUAUUGGUUACAUUAGCGUAGCGUAUCGAUAUAGCGAUCUAUUGUUUAUAUCUUCCUCUGUAGCUAGAUCUUGUUACACAUAUCCAGUCUGAGAUUCGGUGUAUUAUUGGAAUGAGGAUCGCUUAAUAUACAUUAUUAGCGAAAGCAAUUGGCUUCACCGGUUGAUAGCUUACUACCGUUAGUGUACACUCGAGCUAGCAACCACCGCUGUUCUCGGGAGCAUUGCGAGCAAGAGCAUAGCACUUUUGGGUUACCAGAGAACGAUUUUAACACAACAAUCGCGUUGAUCUUUGCUGGACAUGGGGAAUCUCGUCGCCAGGUUGAUGACUGUCUUCGGAGACAGAGAACACAAAGUCAUUAUUGUGGGGCUCGACAAUGCAGGGAAGACCACAAUCCUCUACCAAUUUCUGACCAAGGAGGCGGUGCACACCUCCCCCACCAUCGGCAGCAACGUGGAGGAGAUCGCCCUGCGCAAGACCCGCUUCCUGGUGUGGGACAUCGGAGGCCAGGAGAGCCUGCGGGCCACGUGGAUGUCGUACUACGGCAACACCGAGAUUGUGAUUCUCGUCGUGGACAGCACUGACCGGGAGCGUCUCACACUGACCAAGGACGAGCUGCAUCGCAUGCUGGCGCACGAGGACCUGCAGAACGCGUCGGUCCUGGUCCUGGCGAACAAGCAGGACAUGAAGAACUCCAUGACGGCGGCGGAGAUCUCGCAGUGCCUGACGCUCAACUCCAUCACCGGCCACUCCUGGCACGUCCAGGCCUGCUGCGCCCUCACGGGGGAGGGACUCCCAGCCAGUCUGGACUGGAUGAGGUCACGGGUCGUGGCCAACUAGGAUCCCGCUCUGCCCCUCCUCUGGUACGGCGCUUGGCCGGUGCACCUUCCCUGACCUCCGCAGCGCGGCCUCAGGACACACCACACCCCCAGUGUCCUUCCGCCUUGCAGAGACUCCACCCCCCCUCCUGCUCUGGGCUGGACACGCCCGUGUGUGUGUGUGUGUGUGUGUGUGUGUGCACAUACACCUGCACACCAACCCUGCAGCAGCCCUGGACAGACUGUGCACACAUAUGGACAGACAUGUGGCUGCCCCGGCAUGGAUGAGCCAGAAGUGUAUUGUGAGCCGCUAUUGGCUGCCAGCCAACCAGCAGCACUGGGGAUUGGUCAGUUCCUCCUGCCAAUCCAUUCUUUGGAAUAUUGACUAAAUCUCACGUGACAUGCCGACAAGAAAGGUGUCAAUGGAUCUCCGGACCGGAUGAGUGCCUCGCGGCUUUCUCCUCAGAGCUUGUUUCCUUGGGAGUAUUUAUUGCAAAGGACAAACAAAUGGAAAAUCUGCCAUUUAGUACUGUAAUUGUGUGAGCAUGCUGUAAAAUAUCUAAUGUACAGGUAUUGUAUUUUUGUAUAAAAUAAAUGUCAUUGCUGAUGAA